GUUACUCGGUUUCUGCGCGCCGACGAAAUACGAGUUUUGGUGGUUCUGGCGGGGGGCUCCCUGUCGCUGCCGCUCGAGCUCCGGGUGGGAAGUGACGGGGAACGCCGCGCUACGCACGUCGAUCCUUCGGGCCGUUCCAGCGCUCGGGGCGGGGAGGUGGACACCCGAAACGCCCUUUUUCUUUUCUUUUUUUAAAUUCUUUGGACCUGGACAGUGAUGGCGUCCCAGCCAAACUCUUCUGCGAAGAAGAAAGAGGAGAAGGGGAAGAACAUCCAGGUGGUGGUGAGAUGCAGGCCAUUUAAUUUGGCAGAGCGGAAAGCUAAUGCCCAUUCAGUAGUAGAAUGUGAUCACGCGCGAAAAGAAGUUAGUGUGCGAACUGGAGGACUGACUGACAAGAGCUCAAGGAAAACAUAUACUUUUGAUAUGGUUUUUGGAGCAUCUACUAAACAAAUUGAUGUUUAUCGAAGUGUCGUUUGUCCAAUUCUGGAUGAAGUUAUUAUGGGCUAUAAUUGUACUGUCUUUGCAUACGGCCAAACUGGCACCGGGAAAACUUUUACAAUGGAAGGUGAAAGGUCACCCAAUGAAGCAUUCACCUGGGAGGAGGAUCCUUUGGCUGGUAUAAUCCCUCGUACCCUUCACCAAAUUUUUGAGAAACUAAGUGCUAAUGGCACUGAAUUUUCAGUCAAAGUAUCUCUGUUAGAAAUCUAUAAUGAAGAACUUUUUGAUCUUCUUAAUCCAUCUUCUGAUGUAUCUGAGAGACUGCAGAUGUUUGAUGAUCCCCGUAACAAGAGGGCAGUGAUAAUCAAAGGUUUAGAAGAAAUUACAGUACACAACAAAGAUGAAGUUUAUCAAAUUUUGGAGAAGGGGGCAGCAAAAAGGACAACUGCAGCCACUUUGAUGAAUGCAUAUUCCAGUCGUUCCCACUCAGUUUUCUCUGUUACAAUACAUAUGAAAGAAACAACAAUUGAUGGAGAAGAGCUUGUUAAAAUUGGGAAGCUGAACUUGGUUGAUCUUGCAGGAAGUGAAAACAUUGGUCGUUCUGGAGCUGUUGACAAGAGAGCUCGAGAAGCUGGAAAUAUCAAUCAAUCACUAUUGACUUUGGGGAGAGUCAUUACUGCCCUUGUAGAAAGAACCCCUCAUGUUCCUUACCGAGAGUCUAAACUAACUAGGAUCCUCCAAGAUUCCCUUGGGGGACGAACAAAAACAUCUAUAAUUGCAACAAUUUCUCCUGCAUCUUUCAAUUUGGAGGAAACUUUGAGUACAUUGGAAUAUGCUCACAGAGCUAAGAACAUAUUGAAUAAGCCUGAAGUUAAUCAGAAACUCACCAAAAAAGCUCUUAUUAAGGAGUAUACAGAAGAGAUAGAGCGUCUGAAACGAGAUCUUGCUGCAGCCCGGGAGAAAAAUGGAGUAUAUAUUUCUGAAGAAAAUUUUAAAGUCAUGAAUGGAAAAUUAACUGUUCAAGAAGAACAGAUUGUUGAAUUGGUUGAAAAAAUUGGUGCUCUUGAAGAGGAGCUAAGUAGGGUUACAGAGUUGUUUGUGGACAAUAAAAAUGAACUUGACCAAUGUAAAUCUGAACUGCAAAAUAAGACACAGGAACUUGAAACCACUCAGAAACAUCUGCAAGAAACUAAAUUACAGCUUGUUAAAGAAGAAUAUGUCUCUUCUGCUUUGGAAAGUACUGAAGAGAAACUUCAUGAUGUUGCCAGCCAGUUGCUUAGCACAGUUGAAGAAACUACAAAAGAUGUAUGUGGUCUUCAUUCUAAACUGGAUCGUAAGAAGGCAAUCGACCAAUACAAUGCCGAAGCUCAGGAUAUUUUUGGUAAAAAUCUGAGUAGUCUAUUUAAUAAUAUGGAAGAAUUGAUUAAGGAUGGCAGCUCAAAGCAAAAAGACAUACUUGAAGUUCAUAAGAUCUUGUUUGGUGUUGAACAGAAUAAGUCAGAUAAUGAAGAACUCUGCCAGUUAGUCAGUCUUUGGGAGGACAGAUUCUCUGCUUUGGAAGAAAAGUGUGAAAACAUUCAGAAACCACUUAGUGGUGUUCAACAAAAUACAGAGCGGAAAUCCAAGGACAUAAUCAACAAAACAACUUCCCACAGUAAAAAAUUGAUUGCUGAUUCUGAUGGCUUAUCACAAGAACUCAGACAUUUUAACCAAGAAGGUACAAAACUGGUUGAAGAGUCUUUGAAGCUCUGUGAUACACUCAACAGUGACCUGAAAAUUGUAUCUCAACAGUCUGAACAGAGAUGUGAGUCUCUGAACACGAACAUAGUUUCUUUUUCUGAACAAUGGAUAUCUUGCUUAAAUAAAAGGAAAGAAGAACUUGAGAGCUUACUGGAGGGUGUAAACCAGUGCUGUGAAGCUUCCAGGUCAGAGAUGACUGAACUGUUACAUGGACAUAAAGCAGCCUUUGCCAGCCAGCAUAAUUUGUUUCUUGAUCAGAUAACUGCUGAUGAAAAAAAAUUGAUGGCACAAAGUCUAGAACUUAAUGAAGCGGUAAAAGUUGGUCUGACCAAGCUUAACUGCUUUCUGGAACAGGAUCUGAAACUGGAUAUCCCAACAGGUACCACACCAGAGAGGAAAAAUUAUUUAUAUCCAAUGACCCUGGUGAGAACUGAACCACGUGAACAGCUCCUGGAUCAGUUGGAAAAGAAACAGCCUCACCUGUUAAAGAUGCUGAGCUCUUCAGAGAACCACGAAGGAACCAGUCAGGGCUUGGAGGCAGAAAUGGCAGUCCUGGAGCAAUGUACUAAAGAACCUUUAAGUAAAGAACCACCUGUACAUUCUGUCCAUACUAGUGUGGAUUACUCUUCAAGUGGUGGAGUUCCAUUUUUCCAGCAUAAAAAAACACAUGGAAAAGACAAAGAAAACAGAGGUGUUAACCCAGUGGAGAGGUCUAAACUGGAAGAAACUACAGAGCAUCCUGUUACAAAAAGCAGAUUACCACUGCGAGCCCAGAUAAACUUCACUUAACACGAGGGUUAGCAGUAUGAAGAGAAAUAAAACCUGAAAUGCCAGAGCUGAAAUCUUGUGUACAGAUGAAAAACGAAUCAUAUAUAUCUAGGCAGUGUAACAAAAAUAGUUAAAUUUAGUAUCUACCCAUUUUUUUGUCCUUCCUGUAUGUAUUAAGUUGAAUUCCAUCUGGAUUUUUGCAUUGAGUAAUAUGUUUCUACCUUUUCAUAUAAAGUAGCCCUUAAUAGCAAAUGAAAAGCUUUGUUUUUUUUUAAUUUUUUUUUAUUAAAUAUUGAGUCUAUAGGAACCAGAUUGUUCUAGGCUGGGACUUGCAUAUGUAAAUAUCACCAGCACAGCCUUGGAAAACCCCAUUUCUUCAUUCUCUGCUGUGUCUUAGUUAAGUAUAUUUUCUUUACUUUUCUAUUUUUGCUUUCUUGCUGCUUUCUGUCUUUUUGUUUCAUCCAACAAUUUGCAGGGCUACAAGAAAAUGUCUUUCUUAUUAUGAGAAGGACAAGAUUUAACUAGAAGUCUUAAAACACGGUUCAUGCAGUUACCUCUAAAAUUACUGUUAGUACUAAAAGUCCUGGAAGUAGCCCUCUUGAGCAUUUUUGUUCGCCCCAGAUAUGAAAGCAUUUCAUUCCUUUGUGAAGCCUAACACAUUAGCUUCUCAGAGUUCACCAACACCCAAUACCCAUCUUCCAUGGAAUACAGACUGUGGUUAUGGAAGGUCUGCCUACAUCUCUGUUUCAUGGCUUUGUGGCCUCACUCUAAAGCUUUUGUCUUUUGAUAUGGUCAUAAUGACUUAAGGGCUUUUAUUGAUAUCAAUUAUGACUAUAAUUUAUAUUCCUUUGCUUACCUGAUAAAACUUUGGUUUUUUUGUAUAUAAUAAAAUGUGUUUAUGUA